ACCGAACCCGCAACCUCAUGGUUCCUAGUCGGAUUCGUUAACCACUGCGCCACAACGGGAACUCCUCAUGGCUUUCUUGACUUGUGGGUGCAUCACCCAACUUCUGCUCUGCUAUCACAUGGCUGUCCUCUCUCUGUGUCUUCUUCACAAGGCUUUCUCCUCUCUCUGAUAAGAACAUCAGUCAUAUUGAAUUAAGAACCCAUACUAUGCCACUAUGAUCUCAUAUUUACUACAUUUGCAGUGACCUGUUUCCAAGUAAGAUCACAUUGUGAUCUACUAGGGGUUAAGACUUCAGCAUAUCUGCUGGGGUUAGGCACAAUUCAACUCAUAAAAGUCACAACUGGAAUUACUCAACUCCUUUUCCUUUUCUAUUUUUAAGCUGAAAGAAGUACUGCUGAGACGUUUUAGGGUGUGGGGAUGAUAUUCUGAUCACUAAAAAAUUACUAAGAUUCUGAAGUGCAGAGGAUUUCUUUCUAGGGGUGACAUUUAUAAACAACCAUGAACAACUUCACUUUCUUCACCGAGUUCAUCCUCCUCGGGCUGUCUGAUGACCCCCACAGCCGGGCUCUGCUCUUUGCGCUCUUCCUAGGAAUUUAUCUCCUGACCCUCAUAGGGAAUCUGGUGAUGAUCCUGGUGAUCAGAGGGGAUUCUCACCUCCACAUCCCCAUGUAUUUCUUUCUUGGGCACCUGUCCUUCAUAGAUAUCUGCUUCUCCUCAGUUACCAUGCCCAAAAUGCUACAGAACUUCCUGUCUCAGAAGAAAAGCAUCUCAGUGUGGGGCUGCAUUACCCAGAGUUUCUUUUUUCUUCUCAAUGGAUGUACCGAAGCCAGUCUUCUCUCUGCCAUGGCCUAUGACCGCUAUGCUGCUGUCUGCCAUCCUCUGCUCUACACCAUGGUUAUGAACAGGACUCUCUGCAAUGCAAUGGUCAGUGCAGCAUGGGUGAUGGGGUUUCUGAACUCAUUAGUAAAUAAUAUUUUCAUCCACAAGUUACAUUUCUGCGGAUCCAACAUCAUCUCCCAUUUCUGCUGUGAGCUACCAUCACUAUUCCCUCUGUCCUGUACAGAUCCUGCUGCUAACGAGUUCCUUCUGUCAGGGACCAGUGCAUUUCUGGGACUUCUGACACUUCCCCUGAUCCUGUUCUCUUACUCCAGAAUCAUUCCUGCCAUUCUGAACAUCCACUCCUCUGAGGGCCAAGGCAAGGCCUUCUCCACCUGCUCCUCCCACCUCACAGUGGUGCUCCUGUUCUAUGGGACAGCUCUAUUCAGGUACAUCAGCCCUGCAUCAGGCUCAGUGUUGGAGCAAAUGGUCUCCAUUCAGUACGGUGUGAUCACAUCCUUGCUGAACCCCCUCAUCUACAGCCUCAAGAACCAGGAGGUAAAGGCAGCUCUGCAAAGGAUGCUGAGGCAGUGAAUGUGCUCCUCAGAGAAGGGAUUCUCUGUGUGGUGUUCAGUCAGAAAAUGGGGAGGGAGGAUACUCAGAAACACUUUGAGAAGAAAAAAAAGACAUUUGAGGCCAGUUGUUCUUAAAGUGUCACCCACAGACCAGCAGUAUCAGAACCAGCAAGCUUGCUAGAAAGACAGAUUCUCAGACCCAACCUCUGAUCUACUAAAUCAGGAACCCUAGAGCUGGAGCUCAAUAAUCUGUGUUUUAUUAGUCAACCAGGUGCAUGAUGCAUGCUCAAGUUUGAGAAACAAUGUUUUAGACCAACUAAUGUUUGAGAAAACUGUCCUUGGAAACAGAUGGAAUACUGACAUCUCAACGUGAAGAAUCCUACAUAAUUGAGAAAGGUAGUCAGUGGAGUAGUCGAGAAGAGAACAUUUGUCAUCUCAUGAUCUGCUUCACUCUGCAAAACUGUAGUGGUCACUAUAGGUGAAACUAUUGGGGGGGACUGAAGAAUUGAGAAGGUGGGAAUAACAUCUAUACACUGCUGUAUAAGACAGAUGAUUAAGGAGAAUCUACUGUAUAGCACAGGAAAAUCUACUCAAUAGUUUGUAAUAACUUAAUGGAAAAGAAGA